AUGGAAAUCGCAAAGUCCCUCGUAAAAUGUGUGGCUCGUGCCUUUUACGAUACAAAGCAUAUCCUUGUCAUCGAUGCGCUCAUGAUCCAUAACGCGUAUGUCCCUUGGGUUUCCACUGUUGCCCCGGAGAAAGCUUUUUAUUACUCUACCAAUGUUUUUGCUGCUGACGAUGCAGUGUUCGCGAUGACGAACUGGGGAAACUGUUGGGCUUUCAAUCCAAGGACUUACAGAAACUAUGUGGGAGGUUAAAGGAGGAUCGUAUGCUCGCUGUGUGGGUCUCCGAGGUCCUUGUGGCAAGUGUGCAGCGUAGGUUCCCGGCUGACUCAGUGGAUGUAGGCAUAACCGGCCGGAGCAGAAGGAAGGGCAACAGCGACCGACAAACAGGACUUACUACUAUGUUGAGUUCAGGAGCACGAUCGACGCCGUCAAGUAUCGCAUGCACGGUGUUGUCAAGGACGUGGAAAAGAAGAUGAAUAAGGACGCUGAUACAAAAGGAUAUGUAUGCCCGUACUGCCAGAAGAGGUUCUCGAUCCUGGAUGCGAUGUCGGUGGCUCGUGAUGAGAUGGGGCUGUUUGUUUGCGAUCGGUGUAAUACUACACUUGUGGAUGACGACGAUAGCGCCGAGGUCAAAACAAGUCAGGAACGGUUGGGGAGACUAAUGGAGCAGAUGAAGAAGAUUAUUGAUAUGCUAAAGAUGAUUGAUGAGAUCGUUGUGCCGGUGUGGGUGCUUCUUUUGGUAUCCACGGGCUGUAUAAGGCUAACGCUCGCAGUAAUGAUUUCGAGACUGCUAUUGCGAAUUCUGUUCCUGUGCCUCGAGAUAAGAAUCACCUCUACUCAGUCCCUGUCGCUGGGAAAGGCGCUACAAGCGCCCGAAGCUCCGGUGCUCCUGCUUCCAUUGAAGUUUCUUUCACUUCCACCUCGGAGAAGACAGCUGCUGAGCUUGCCUCAGAGCAGGCGAUGAAGCAAGCUCAGGCCGACAAGAAUGCACUUCCAGUUUGGCACACAAAGUCCACCGUCGACCCCGGCGCUGCGACUACCGCUGGGGCCAAGGAGGCUGCGGAGAGGGAAGCUCGUGCCCUCGAUGGUAUUGGAAUUGCGCAAAAGUCCAAAGAGGAGGAAGACAAGAAGGCUGCCGCCAGCGACGGGGCAAAUGGUAUCCAGGCAGAUGGUAAGGUGAUACGCUGCCUACUCUAACAUGUUUACUAAACCAACGGUGCGCUAGCUAUCGCCGAAUACUAUGCCGCAUUGGCGGCCCAGAAGGCCAAGGAAGCUCAGGAGGAGCAAGAGGAAGAAGAUGACGACGAAGAGGAAGAAGACGGGGAGGAGGGGGGGCAGGGGAUUGAGGGUGAGGGGCACAGAGAGGAGGGGGAAGAAGACGAAGAGGAGGAUGAGGACGAGGAUGGGGAAGAGGAGGAAGACGACGAAGGAAACUUUGAAGACGUCGUUAAUGGUAACGCUGUCACUUCUCUUGCCGCUCCGAAUCCAGCCAAGGCCAAGGACGAUGACUCGGAUGACGACUCCACGGCCCCCGCUGCUAAAAAACUGAAGCUUACUGAGGUUGAGGACAAAGAAGAAGGCGGAGAAGAGGACUCCGAAGAGGAGGCUGACUUUGAGGAUGUUUAG